AUGUCUUACCAAGAACAGCAGUGCAAGCAGCCCUGCCAGCCUCCUCCUGUGUGCCCACCCACAAAGUGCCCAGAGCCUUGUGCUCCUCCACAGUGCCCAGAGCCUUGUCCUCCUCCACAGUGCCCUGAGCCAUGCCCCCCUCAGCCAUGCCAGCAGAAGUGCCCUCCUGUGCAACCUCCUCCACCCUGCCAGCAGAAGUGCCCACAGAAGAACAUGUGAGUGCUGCAGCAGUCACCAGGACCAAGAGAAGAGGAGAAAAUCUUUCUCCCAUUCUUCCAUAGAAACACUUCCGUCUUUGCUUCAAAGCCUGCCAUGGAUGCAGAAGAAUCGUCUCCAGCCUUCACCCUCCAUGUGCCUGUGAUGACCCCUGAUAGGAAGGGCAUUCUCCUGAAAUUGUUCUUCUGCUAUAAGAGGAGGCUGAGAAUGGUCCUUGCUCACUGGCUCAUUGUCCCAAAUGCUCAGUGAUGAGCAGCAUCUUUCCACCCUGUGCACUCAGAGGAUGUUUCCAAAACUCGCAGUCUCUUUGU